AUGCAAAUGUUGAAAGAUCGGGACUACAUAAUUUCAGAUUGGGAUAUCAACAUUACAUUGCCACAGUUUAAGAACAAAUAUGGAGAGAAAAUGAAAAGGGAAGACCUUACUAUGAAUAGAAAGAAGCGAGGUCACGAUUCUGAUCAGAUGUAUGUGUUUUUCCCUGACGAACCAAAAGUUGGGGUCAAGACAAUCAAGAAUUACAUCAAACGGUUGGUUCAGGAGGAUACGGACAAAGGCAUCGUGGAGGCAGAAUUGUUGGUUCAAAAGCAUGCUCGGGUUGCAGAGUAUCGGGAGGUUAAAAAUGAGGUAAAGAAGACUAUGCUGGAGAGGGGUGAGCAUAAGACUGUCUUUGCUAGAAAAGUUUCAACAAGCUUGACUGAAAUGCUCAAAAUGUCACGAAGUUUGAGGCUUACUAAGAUUAGUACAACACAUGUCAUAACUGCCAUUUUACCUAAAACUCCAACAGAAAUGAGUAAUGUUUAA